GGGGGGGGGGAGAAAAGAGGGAGAGGAGGCUGAGGAGGAGGAGGAGGAAAAAGAAAAGUUAGCGGGGGGAAAGAUGGUCCGCCUGCUGUGCGUCCUGGUGCUCAGCCUCGGCUUCCUCACGCCGCCGCCGCCGUGCCACGCUCGGAUUUACACCAACCACUGGGCGGUCAGGAUAGCCGGCGGGGCCGCGGUGGCCGAGCGGAUAGCGGAGAAGUACGGCUACAGGAACAUGGGGCAGAUUGGGGACUUGAAAGACCACUACCACUUCUUCCACAGUCGGACAAUUAAGAGGUCCACUCUGUCCAGUCGCGGUCGGCACAGUUUCAUCUCCAUGGAGCCCAAGGUGGAAUGGAUCCAGCAGCAGGUGGUGAAAAGGAGGAUCAAGAGGGAUUACAAAAUGGCCCUGCCCCUCUCUCCAUCUAGCUACGCCUACAGCAGCCAGACCUUCCUGAGCAACAUCUUCUACAACGAUGCCAAAUGGAGUAGUAUGUGGUACAUUCAUUGCAACGAUGAUGUGCACAACUGCCAGUCGGAUAUGAACAUCAUGGGUGCGUGGAAGCGGGGCUACACCGGGAAAGGAGUUGUGGUGACCAUCCUAGAUGACGGCAUCGAGCGCAACCAUCCAGACCUCGCUCAGAACUACGACCACCAAGCCAGCUUUGAUGUGAAUGGAAAUGACUUGGAUCCCAUGCCACGCUAUGACGCAACCAACGAGAACAAACACGGGACUCGGUGUGCGGGAGAGGUGGCUGCGUCUGCAAACAACUCGCACUGCAUUGUGGGGAUUGCCUACAACGCCAGAAUAGGAGGUGUGCGCAUGCUUGACGGGGACGUGACGGACAUGGUGGAGGCCAAGUCUCUGAGCCUGCAGCCGCAGCACAUCGACAUCUACAGUGCCAGCUGGGGACCCGACGAUGAUGGCAAGACUGUAGAUGGACCCGCAGCUCUUGCCAGGCAGGCCUUUGAGAACGGCAUACGCAUGGGGAGGAAGGGCCUCGGCUCCAUUUUCGUGUGGGCCUCAGGCAACGGUGGCAGAAGCCGUGACCACUGCUCCUGCGACGGCUACACCAACUCGAUUUACACUAUCUCCAUCUCCAGCACGGCUGAGAGCGGACGCAAGCCCUGGUACCUGGAGGAGUGCUCCUCCACGCUCACCACCACCUACAGCAGCGGCGAGAACUACGACCGGAAGAUUAUCACAACAGACCUGAGGCACCGCUGCACAGACAGCCACACGGGAACGUCGGCCUCGGCUCCCAUGGCCGCCGCCAUCAUCGCUCUGGCUCUGGAAGCAAAUCCUCUUCUAACUUGGAGAGAUGUCCAGCACAUCAUUGUGAAGACGUCCCGAGCCGGGCAUCUCAGCGCCCCCGACUGGAAGACCAACGCCGCCGGUUAUAACGUCAGCCACCUGUACGGUUUUGGUCUGAUGGAUGCCGAGGCCAUGGUGAAGGAGGCGGAACGAUGGAAGCAGCUUCCCUUGCAGCACGUCCCACCUCAGCACGUAUGUGUGGAGAGCGCCGACCGGCAAAUCAGGACAAUCCGCCCGGAGCAUGCCGUGCGUUCGGUGUACAAGGCGACGGGCUGCACAGACAACCCCAACCAUCAUGUGAUAUACCUGGAGCACGUGGUGGUACGCAUCACCAUCACGCACCCUCGCCGGGGAGAUCUGUCCAUCAAUCUGACCUCGCCAUCGGGGACCAAGUCUCAGCUUCUGGCCAACAGGUUGUUUGAUCACUCCAUGGAGGGCUUUAAGAACUGGGAGUUCAUGACCACCCACUGCUGGGGUGAGAAGGCAGCAGGUGACUGGGUGCUGGAGAUUUAUGAUUACCCCUCUCAGCUGCGCAGCCAAAAAGUGCCUGGCAAGCUAAAGGAGUGGUCGCUGGUGCUAUACGGGACCUCGGUGCACCCGUACUCGUCCCUGCGCAGCAUGUCGGUUGAGACCCGAUCUACUGAUUCUGUGGCGCCCACCGAUGAAGUUUUCACAGAGGAGUACAAUGGUCCUUGUGAUUCCGAAUGCAACGAGCACGGGUGCGAAGGCCCCGGCCCGCAUCACUGUAUAAACUGCCUCCACUACUUCCUCAAGUUCAAGAACAACACAAGGAUGUGCGUGUCCGAGUGCCCCAGCGGCUUCUUCCGCGAUGACAGGAAGCGCUGCAAGAAGUGCUCGUCGCUGUGCGAGACGUGCACGGGCAGCCGCAGCGACCAGUGCACCACGUGCCGACCCGGGUUCCACCUCAACGAGGGCUCCCACAGCUGCGUAGCCACCUGCGGUGACGCCUUCUACCUCGACCAUGACUCUAAUGUUUGCAGGAGGUGUCCGGAGAACUGCAAGAAGUGCACUGCCUCGAAUUUCUGCACAGAAUGUAAACUAGGGACCAGCUUACUAGGCAAUAAAUGUCAGAUGACGUGCGACGCGGGUUCCUACUACAACGGCCACCGGAGGACUUGCGAGCCCUGCCACCGCGCCUGUGCCACCUGCGCCGGCACGGGCAUCGAGGCGUGCACCAGGUGCGCCGACGGGUACCUGCUGGAGGACUGGCGCUGCGUCUCCACGUGCAGCAACGGCUACUACCUGUCGGAGCAGGUGGCCGACGGAGGCAAGGUGCAGAAGUCCUGUAAAAAGUGCGACCAUAGCUGCUACGAGUGCCUGGGGCCCGGCGAGAGGAACUGCAGCAGCUGCGUCAGCGGUUACAAUCUGGAGGUGGGGUCCUGCGUGGUCAGCACCAUCUGCAAAGAUGGCCAAUACAUGGGCGGCCACGGCAAUUGUCACCUGUGUGACGCAACCUGUCUGGAGUGCACGGGGCCCGAGAGAGAAAACUGCACCAGCUGCCCCCCCGCACGGCUUUUCGACGAGGGCGCUUGUGUGAUCCGUUGCCAGAGGGGGCGCUACGCCGCGGCCGGGGAGUGUCACCGCUGCCACCCCACCUGCCACGAGUGCACUGACGAGGGUCCGGACAAUUGCACCAGUUGUGACACAGAUAUGUUCGACGUUCCCCGCUACCUGUUCGAGGGACAGUGCCGAGACGUCUGCCCCGAGGGCUUCUUCCACUCCGAGCACAAACGUUGCGAGCCGUGCGCGUCCGACUGCGUGGCCUGCGCGUCGGCCGCCCGCUGCCUCAGCUGCGGCCCGGGACACAAACUCAGAGAGGGGCGGUGUUUUUCGCUGGAGUGCCGCACAGCUGAGCUUGAAGAGGCCGGGGCGUGUCUCCCUUGCGACGACGGCUGCAAACGGUGUGAAUACAAGGACGCCGAUCACCCAGAAAAGGGAACCGACUGCCUCAAGUGUGAAGAUGAUUUCUACCAGAUGUUUUCUGACUGCUACAAGCUGUGCCCGGACGGCACCGUCGGCGUUCCCGAGAGCAUGACGUGCGCCCCGUGUGAAGACCGGCGGUGCACCGUCUGCGACCAAUCGCAGUGCUACUGGUGUCAGCCGGGCUUUUACCUUUUCGAUGGAGGCUGCGUGGAGGAGUGCCAGGGGGGGUUCUUCGUGGACGCGGAGGCUCAGGAGUGCGAAGCGUGCCACCGGGCGUGCGAGACGUGCGGCGGGCCGGGCUUCGACGACUGCGACUCGUGCCGCGACGAGCUGGUGCUGAAAGACGGCGAGUGCGUGAAGGGGACGCAGCUGGGGGCCUGCCCUGGCGGACACUUCAGGAACGUACACGGAGAGUGUGAAUUGUGUCAUCCUUCAUGCGAGGCCUGCUUGGGUGCGCGCAGGGACGACUGCAUCGCCUGUCGCCGAGCCGCCUUCCUGACAUCCGAUCAGACGUGCGUGUCUCACUGCCCCGCAUCCACCUUUGCGAACGUCACGUCCGGCCGCUGUGACACGUGCGCCUACGGCUGCGCCUCAUGUCACGACGCCGACGCGUGCCAGCGGUGCCAUCUUGGACUUUACCUGCAAAACGCAACCUGCGUGCUCCAAUGUGACAGCGGGUUCCCCGAGGGUGGCACGUGCCGCCCGUGCGCCGCCGAGUGCGCGUCCUGUAACGCCAGCGCUUCCUUUUGUCUGCGCUGCCGGCCCGAGCACUUCCUGUUGGAGCACAGGUGCGUGCGGGACUGUCCGCCGGGCCGCUACGGCAAAGACGCGCGUUGUCUUCGUUGUCCCCCCGACUGCGUCCACUGCAACCACGACGGCCUCUGUCUCAAGUGCGCGGAAUACUUCUUCCUCCACGUCGACAAGUGCGUGGACGAGUGUCCCGCCGGCUUUUUCCCCAGCGAGCAGCAGCACGAGUGCGUUCGUUGCCACGCCGACUGCGCCGCGUGCGACGGGCCGGACCGCGACGACUGCGGCGCGUGCCGAAACCCCAGAGCCAAGCGCUACAAUGGAGAGUGUCUGCCCCAGUGUCCCGGCCACACCUAUUACGAGAAGGCCGACGGCGAGUGCAGAGACUGCGACCACACCUGCCUGACGUGUUCGGGCAACGAGCCGUCGUCGUGCCUCAGCUGCGUGUUGCAGCGCCACCUCGACGCCAGCGGCCGCUGCGUGUGGUACAGCCGCUGCGCCGAGCGCUCCUUCGCGGACGGCGGCGGUCGGUGCCGGCCGUGCCACGCCUCCUGCCGCCGCUGCUCGGGGGGGCCCGGUCCGGACCGCUGCCUGAACUGCGACCCGCCGCGAUUCCUGCUCAACUCCACAUGCGUACUGCAGUGUCCCUCCGGUUACUAUGGCGACGACAAGGAGGCGCACACCUGCGUGCGAUGCCACUUUAGCUGCGCUUCGUGCUCGGGUCGCCACAGUGUCCAGUGCCACACUUGUAGGAGGGGCUUCUUCAGACACGGCGCGAGCUGUGUCCAAACGUGCCCCGAGAGUCAUUUCGGGAACAGCAGCGGCAUGACGUGCGAGCGCUGCGACCCCGCCUGCGGGAGCUGCCGGGGGCCCGCCGACACCGAUUGCCUGAGCUGCCGAGACGGCUUCGUCUACGUGAGGCGGCCGGGCCGCUGCGCCGAGAGCUGCCCGCCGGGGUACUUUCAUCACAUCUGGACCCACACCUGCCUCAAGUGCCACCCCACGUGCAAGACCUGCACAGGCGCCGGCGCUGCUUCCUGUGAGUCGUGUUACCACGGCUACCGCCUGAUCGGCUCCAGCAUCUGCGAAUCCCAGUGUCUGAUUGGCUCCUAUUUAGCCGCCCAGGAGUGGGCUUCCGAGUCCGACUGCCGGCCGUGCGACGGGUCCUGCCUGGGUUGUCGCGGCCCGGACGCCCGGAACUGCACCGUCUGCCCCGCCUCGCAGAUGCUGAACGAGGACGGCCGCUGCCUCGGCUGCUGCCGCGACCGGACGCUUCCCGCCGACCGGCCCGUACGCUGGCAGUGCUGCGACUGCGACGCCUCCUCUGACGAGUGCGUCCUGGACGUCAACUUUGUGCUGAGAGACGGCGCCGACUUGGAAAGGGAAAGCGGCGGCGGGUCCAAAUUGGCCACCACCAUUUGCGUCCUCCUCGUCGUGUCGGUCGGGGUCGGGGUCUUCGCUUUGCUCCAAGCUCGCUCCAAGCUGCUCGCCGCGGCUGCCGCCGGCCAUCCCAAAACCAAAAGCGGCGGCUACGAGAAGGUGGACGACGACGACGACGACGACGGCGGCGGCGCCGGAGGAGGCGCCGCCACGCGGCAAGCCGGCGAAUCCUCCUUCGGGGAGUACAGCGACAGAAUUGUCAUGGCGGACGACGACGACGACGACUACGACGACAUCGUGUACAUGGCACAAGAUGGAACCGUGUACAGGAAGUUCAAGUACGGCUUCUUGGGUGACGAGGAGGACGACGACAUUGAGAUGGAGUACGACGACGAGAGCUACGCAUACGCGUGAACGCCGGACAUGUUUCACUUCUUGGACAUUUAAACCGGGCGGAGUUUAAGUGGAACAUUUGAUUUUGUUUUAAAAAAAAAAAAAUCACCUAAAAACAAAAGUUAAAAAAAAAAUAUUUUACAUGGAGAAAAAAAAAAAAGUUUUUUUGAUGAAGAAAAAGCAUUUUACAUGGAACUAUGUACAAAUGUGUACUUGGGACAAAAAGUAGAAUUUUAUGUGGAUUAUUCUCUUUCAAUAUGGGAUGGAAAAAAUAAAUUGGAAAGAAAAUGGUACUUUAAUGAGAAAUAUUUUUUAAGUCAUUUUAUGUGAAAAUAAUGAACAUUUUGAGUUAAAAAAAAUGUACAUUUCUAAUUUAACAUGUAAAGCAAUAUGAAAUAG